ACCGCGGCAGCGACAACAACCAACUCGAGCGAGACCGCAACACCACACCAUACACACACACACACACGCGAACACAGACACACACACGCGAACACACUCACAGACACUCACACACAUCGUCACACACACAUACAUACAUACAUACAUACAUACAUUCACAGACGCAAAGAGAGAUGGAUCCGAGUGAGGUGUUGUCACGCAACUUGGACAGCGUACCGUUGAUAGACGAGGCCAUCUUUGCGCAAGUGCGGGACAUUCCGGACCUGUUCAACGACAUUGUUGCGAGCGUGCAGGAGAAAAUCACCAAGCUGCAAGGGCUUCGACACCAAGAGGUGUUCACCGCAGAGACCAUGAAGGACUUUGGAGACACUGCGCAUUCUCUCAAGAGCGGCAUGUCUGUCGUCGGCUGCUCUCGCCUCUCUGCCCUUUGUAACAAAAUCGAAUUGCUUGGGCGACCGGGACCAAACCAGGAUGGCAUGGCUCUCAUCAACACAUACGACACCUUCAUGCAGCCAAUCAUACAGGAAACGAUGACGGCGCUCCAGUGCAGGUUUUAUCCUCAGUAGCACGGUCAACAACAGCGACCAUGAAUGUUGCCCGUAGCUGAUCCAGUUUUAGUCGACUUAGUCCUUGCUUUUCUGUGGUACCUCUUGGUUUUGCUGUUCCUACACGACGUGUUGUGACGAGUGCUGACGUGCAUAUCUGACCUUGUUUCUGUCCGCUUUCAUUCUCGUUUGGAUGUGCGCUUGCUGUCUCCUUCUGUCUCCUCCUCCGCCGCCUUCGCUCUGCACUCCUGCUUUUACAUUAAGUAACACACAAGAACGGUGGUCAAGCA